AUGGCGACAUUUGCCCGACCAACCUUCUCCGCCAAGGCCUACGCAGCCUUCCGGCCAACAUACCCGCAGUCACUGUUUCGGACCGUGCUGAACUUCCACCAACAGCACCCACAGCAGACCCCCGAUGGCGCCGGCACCCUGCUAGAUCUGGGCUGCGGGCACGGCCUCAUCGCCCGAGGCCUGAGUCCCCAAUUCAAGUCCGUAGUCGCCAUCGACCCGUCAGCGGGCAUGGUAGCGCAGGCGCAACGCACGACGGACGACACCAAGAUCACGUUCCGCGAGGGCAGCGCCGAGGACCUUUCGUUUCUCGCGGACCGCUCCGUGGACAUGGCGGUCGCGGGCCAGGCGGCGCACUGGUUCGACUACGGCAAGGUGUGGCCCAACCUCGCGCGCGUGGUGCGCCCCGGCGGCACGCUGGCCUUCUGGGGCUACAAGGACAACGUGCUGCUCGGCGCGACGCAGGCCACGGAGAUCAUGGAGCAGUUCGUCUACGGGUUCGGCGAGGUGGCGCCGGGCGUCGAGGGCAUGGGGCCCUACUGGGAGCAGCCGGGCCGCAGUAUCCUAAGGGAUCUGCUGCGCAGCGUGCAGGCGCCUGAGAAGGACUGGACGGACGUCACGAGGUUGGAGCAUGAGCCUGGACAGGAGGGUUCGGGGGAGGAGGCGUGCUGGUUGAGGAAGAAGAUGAAGCUCGGGGAGGUGGAGGGCUAUACGCGGACGUUUAGCUGCUUCAGUGGGUGGAGGGAUGCCCAUCCUGAGGCGAAGAGCAGGGCGGAUGGUGGGGAUGGGGAUGUGGUUGAUUUCAUGUGGGAUCGUAUGGUUGAUGCUGUGCCGGAAUGGAAGGCCCUGGGCGAGCGGUGGAGGGAGGCGGAGGUUGUGAGUGAUUGGGGGACGUAUGUACUGAUGGCCCGGCGUAGGUGA